GAGUCCAGGCCCAGCCCGGCCCCCCGGCCCGCGGGGAGUUGGCUCCGCGCCGCGCCCCUCCGCCCUCGCCGCAUCGCAGUCGGAGUCCGGAGGAGGAGAAGGUGGCGGCGACGGCGCUGCUGCCUCUGGCUAUGUAGGGGCCCCAGAGCGGGCAGAUCCGGAGGCCGCUGUCCGCCUCUGGAGCUCGGCGCCGGGGCCGGGCCCGGGGCCGGGCCCGGUGGGAUGUUUUCCAAGAAGCCGCACGGGGACGUGCGGAAAUCCACGCAGAAGGUGCUGGACACCCGCAAGGACCCACUCACCCGACUCAAGCACCUCCGCGUCCUUAUCGACAAUGCAGAAUCAAUUGAUCUCAAACAGUUUUUCGACCUACAUUUUUCACAUAUAUAUUAUGUGUUCUUUGAAAACUUUGUAACUAUUGAAGUGGGCCUUAAACAAAAAGGUCACAAGUCUCAGAGAGAAGAAUUAGAUUCUAUUCUUUUUAUUUUUGAGAAAAUUUUACAACUCCUUCCUGAAAGGAUUCAUCAGAGGUGGCAAUUUCAUAGUAUUGGGUUGAUUUUAAAGAAGCUUCUUCACACUGGAAAUUCAUUAAAGAUACGUCGAGAGGGUGUGCGUCUCUUUCUUUUGUGGCUGCAAGCACUUCAAAAUAACUGUAGUAGAGAACAAUUAUGGAUGUUUUCUUGCUUGAUUCCUGGAUUUUCAUCACCACAGUCUGAAUAUGGCCCCCGAACACUAGAUAAUCUUAUUAACCCUCCCCUUAAUGUCCAAGAAACUCAAGUAACUAUAGAAGAAAUCACUCCACUUGUUCCUCCGCAAUCAGGAGAUAAAGGACAAGAAGAUUUAACAAGCUAUUUUUUAGAAGCACUUUUGAAAUACAUGGUAAUUCAGGUUAAGAGUUUAGAAUGGAAGAACAAGGAAAACCAGGAAAAGGGAUUUUCAUUUUUAUUCUCAAAUUUUAAGAAAUACUACUUACCUUCUAUUUUCCCGAACAUCUGUAAGGAGACCAGCUUGUAUAACCCUAUACUUGAUAUACCACAAAUGAGACCAAAGCCACACUAUGUAAUAGUUAAGAAAGAUGCUGAAACCAAUGAGGCAAUCUAUUGCACAAAGGAACCUUUCAUUAAGGCUCGUGUUAUUGUCAUUCGAUGGUUGGUGUCUUUCUGGCUUGAGCCAAAACCUCAUACAGGACCUCAUAUUCCUGGAAUGGAAGGUGAAAAUGUGCCAAAGAAUAUUCAGAGAGCAGCUGCUAGCAUGGCUUCAAGGGAGGACAGCAAAAAUGACAGUACUGAUAAGCAGGAUAGAAAUGCAGAACCAGAACAAUCUCAUUCUAAUACAAGUACUUUAACAGAGAGAGAGCCAAGUUCUUCCAGCCUCUGCAGUAUUGAUGAAGAGCAUUUAACUGAUAUUGAAAUUGUCCGGAAAGUCUUCUCUUCUAAAAGAAAAAAUGUUAAUUUUCUAACUGAGAUUUUUCGACAGGCAUUUCUGUUGCCAAUAUGUGAAGCAGCUGCCAUGAGGAAGGUGGUAAAGGUGUAUCAAGAAUGGAUUCAACAAGAAGACAAACCUUUAUUUAUGAAAGAACCUGAAGAAAUAAUGCCGUGCACAGCUGGAGAUUGUGAUGAAAAUGUUGACCAUAAUUCUUCAGAGAAAGGAAAAGAAAGAGAAGAGGAAAAAGGGGUGAACUCCAGUCAUGGAGUUAGAAAUUCAAACUGGACAAGAAAUGGCUGUUAUGAAGAUGCUUUGCAUAAAACAUCUGAAAUUGACACUGAAGAGCAAAAUGUACGAGCUGGAGUGCAGUCAGUAUUGCAGGUUUUUAUAAUAAAUUCUUCAAAUAUAUUUUUUCUGGAACCUGCAAAUGAAUUUAAAGCUCUGCUGGAUGAACACACUGAUAUGUGCAAACGCGUUCUCAAUAUCUACCGCCACAUGGUAGUCCAAGUGACUAUGGACAAGAAGACGUGGGAGCAGAUGCUACUUGUGCUGCUCAGGGUAACUGAAUCUGUGCUGAAAAUACCACCCCAAACUUUCUUGCAGUAUCAGGGAAGAAAAAACUCCACUUUAGCUGGAAGACUUGCAGGACCUCUUUUCCAGACUCUUAUAGUAGCUUGGAUCAAAGCAAAUCUAAAUGUGUACAUUUCUCGAGAACUUUGGGAUGACUUGCUGUCUGUAAUGUCAUCACUGACAUACUGGGAAGAGCUGGCCACUGAGUGGUCACUGACAAUGGAGACACUUACUAAAGUAUUAGCUAGAAACUUGUAUAGCCUGGACCUCAGUGACCUGCCACUGGAUAAAUUAAGUGAGCAGAAGCAGAAAAAACACAAAGGCAAAGGAGUUGGGCAUGAAUUUCCAAAGUCUUCUGUUGAUAAGUCCUUUUCUAGAGGCUGGAGCCGUGACCAGCCCGGACAGGCACCCAUGAGACAGCGCAGUGCUACAACCACCGGCUCUCCGGGAACAGAAAAGGCCAGGAGCAUAGUACGGCAGAAAACAGUUGACAUUGACGAUGCUCAAAUUCUUCCACGUCCACCUCGAGUCAGACAUUUUUCUCAGAGUGAGGAUGCUCCAAGUGAAGUUUUUGGUGCAUUAAAUGAAGAACAGCCACUGCCACGAAGCAGCAGCACCUCUGACAUCCUGGAGCCAUUCGCAGUUGAACGAGCCAAAGGUGCAGUUCCUGUCAUUGACAGUUCAUCCCAUCAUGCUCCAAGCUUACAGAAUUCCACUGAGACCUCUUCAAUGCAUAGAUCCACUGAAAGCCAUAUCACUGAUACAAAUAGCAGAGAGUCCUCCUUGGAAGUUGGGGAUAGUAUUUAUGACCAUCUUUGUCAUUUAAUAGGGCCGGUAGAAUUUGCAAACACUGCCUUUGAACAAAGCCAGUAUGUUGACCUUGAAGGUGAAGAUGAUCUCCUUUCCUCUCUGAGAGAAUAUCUUAUUAAAGAAAAAGAAGAACUUUGCGGUAACUUUGAGAUAGAUAAAUCUGAGGCUUCUGCUCAUGAAGUUGAUACAUCAGUAAGUAGGAAUGAUAGAUUUCCACUGGAUGGAUUAGAAAAUAGAGAUCAGACUGGUCAAUGCACAACUAGCAAAACUGUUGCAGAAAGAGGCAAUAACACAGAGCUGCAACUAGAACAAAACCCAAGUGGCUUUAUAAGUAAUAUUGCACCUACUCAAGUAGACUUUUUUACAAGAAAUCAAGCGCUCAAUAAAGCCAGACAGUUAGAUAUUGAUAAACAAUAUGAAAGCGCGUUUGAUCAUGGGUCAAGUAGUCCUAGCAGCAAAGAAGGGAAGAGAUAUCUGUACAGGCAAGCUGCCACUGAAACUGAUGUAGAUUUAGUGGUGGAAGCACCAGUAACUGAAAAGCAUAAAAGUGUCCAGUUUAAUGAGAAAGUGACCAACUCGCGUAUUGUCCACGCAAAGAAAAUUCUUACUAAAGCACAAGUUGAUCCUCACAUCACAGGCACAAGCAAACUGGCACCAGCUAAAAGAAGUAUAUCUGAAACUGUAACUCAUAGGGCCAAAAUCAUGAAAAUAACAACUAAAAAAAGAAACAGCGUUCAUGUUACUUUUAGGCCAUCUACAGAAUCGGUCCAGUUUUACAAUCCUCUUGAGAACAAAGAGGCUGCUUGGAAAGCAAGGCUUCGUAAACUUGGUGGCUUCAGUAGUAGCAGUAGUGGUAGCAGCAACAGCAGUACCAGUGCAAGCAGUAGCUCAUCAGCUGCCACAGAGCUCGUUAGACCUGGAAUAUAUAGGCAUCUAGAUGCAGUCAAUACUGCUUCAGCUGGCAGCAAGCAAGUUAAGGAAUCUACAGAAACUCAAGGAGCUGUGUUGCAGAAAGAAGGUCUUGCCGUUAGUCAGUUCCAAUGUCGUAGUGCCUUUAGAGCACCAGGUCAGGAGUCGGCACAACAGCAGGGCUCCCUGGGUGGUGUUUAUAAAACUGUUGUACAUGCUCUUUCGAAGCCGAAGGCAAAUGUUUCCCCACAGAGGCAGAACAGAAUGCCAGCAGAGGCUCCACUGAGGGAUCUGUACAGUCAUGUAAUGGGCUAUUUUGGAAGGAAAGCUGCAGCUAAUAGAGAGGACAUGAGUCAAAAGCUGCACCCUAUUGAUAGUGAUAUUGGCAGUAGCAAUACAAAUGUUCCUGACCUCAUGGAUGAAUUUAUAGCUGAGAGACUCCGCAGUGGUAAUUCACUGAAUGUGACAAGAAGAGGAAGCAGCCCUGGCAGCCUGGAAGUUCCUAAAGAUCUUCCUGAUAUCUUGAACAAGCAGAACCAAAUGCGUCCUGUGGAUGACCCAGGCGUGCCUUCCGAGUGGACGUCGCCUGCGAGCGCGGGCAGCAGUGACCUCAUCAGCUCCGACAGCCACUCGGACUCCUUCAGCGCCUUCCAGUAUGACAGCCGCAAAUUUGAAAAUUUCAGCUUUGGCACCGAGGCAGGGACACCAGCUUCUACUGAUGUUGAUGCAAUUUCGGGACAGCAACAAAGUGCUGAGGAACAAGAAGUGGCCAGUCUAACUACACUCCACAUAGAUUCAGAAACAAGUAGUCUCAAUCAGCAACCAUUGUCUGCUGAAGCUGCAACUAUUACUGGCUCUGAAAGUGCUUCUCCAAUCCAAUCUGCUCUUGGAUCCCGAUCACAGACACCCUCUCCUGCCACUCUGCAUGCAGAUCAUAUUGAGCAGAAGGAUCUGCAGCUGGAUGAGAAGCUCCACCACUCUGUUUUACAGACGCCAGAUGACCUAGAAACUAGUGAAUUCCCCUCAGAAUGUUGCAGUGUGAUGGCUGGGGGAACACUUACAGGAUGGCAUGCAGAUGUUGCUACUGUCAUGUGGAGGAGGAUGCUAGGAAUUCUGGGAGAUGUCAACAGCAUAAUGGAUCCAGAGAUUCACGCCCAGGUUUUUGAUUAUCUGUGUGAACUGUGGCAGAAUCUGGCCAAGAUAAGAGACAAUCUUGGUAUUUCAACAGACAACCUAACUUCACCAUCUCCCCCAGUUUUAAUUCCACCACUGAGAAUUCUAACACCAUGGCUCUUCAAGGCAACAAUGCUGACUGAUAAAUACAAACAAGGAAAGCUACAUGCUUAUAAGCUCAUUUGUAAGACAAUGAAACGAAGACAAGAUGUUUCUCCAAACAGGGAUUUUUUAACUCAUUUCUACAAUAUAAUGCACUGUGGACUUCUUCAUGUUGAUCAAGAUAUUGUCAAUACAAUCAUCAAGCACUGCUCUCCUCAGUUCUUUUCACUUGGUUUACCUGGUGCUACCAUGCUUAUUAUGGAUUUCAUUGUAGCAGCAGGAAGAGUGGCUGCUUCUUCUUUCCUCAAUGCACCAAGAGUUGAAGCACAGGUUCUUUUAGGAUCUCUAGUCUGUUUUCCCAAUUUAUAUCGUGAACUACCAGCUCUUCACCCAAAUAUUCCUGACAUUGCUGUGUCUCACUUUACAGAUGUUAAGGAACUCAUAAUUAAAACUGUGUUAAGCUCAGCAAGAGAGGAGCCAUCUGGUCCUGCACGAUGUGUUGCUCUUUGCAGCCUUGGAAUUUGGAUCUGUGAGGAACUAGUCCAUGAAUCACAUCAUCCUCAGAUCAAGGAAGCAUUGAAUGUGAUAUGUGUUUCUUUAAAGUUUCCAAAUAAAACAGUAGCCCAAGUUGCCUGCAGUAUGCUGAACAUGCUGAUACAUUAUGUACAUAGACUUCAACUUUAUCAAGCUGAUUCACCAUUAAGAAUUAUUCAAAUUCUGAUAGCAACUAUUACACAUCUGCUACCCAGUACAGAAGCUUCCUCUUAUGAGCAGGACAAGAGGUUGGUGGUUUCUUUACUUCUGUGCUUAUUGGAUUGGAUAAUGGCCUUGCCAUUGAAGACUUUGCUGCAGCCUCUUCACACUACAGGAGCAGAAAAUGAUAAGACUGAAAGAUCUGUUCUUAAUUGUAUAUAUAAGGUUCUGCAUGGAUGUGUCUAUGGGUCUCAGUGUUUUAGCAACCCAAAAUAUUUUCCUCUAAGCCUUUCUGAUCUGGCAUGUAUGGAUUAUGAUCCUUUUAUGCAUUUAGAGAGCUUAAAGGAACCAGAACCACUGCAUUCUCCAGACUCUGAGAGGUCUUCUAAACUUCAGCCAGUCACUGAAGUGAAAACUCACAUGCAACAAGGAUUAAUUUCUGUUGCUGCUCGUACUGUGAUAACACAUCUAGUCAACCACUUGGGCCAUUAUCCUAUGAGUGGAGGUCCUGCUAUGCUGACCAGUCAAGUGUGUGAAAACAAUGACAAUCCAUACAGUGAAAGUCCUGAGCUUUCUCCUGAACUUUUUGAGAACCCAAAUCUUCAAUUCUUUGUAUUAAACAAUACUUCCCUGGUGUCUUGCAUACAAAUCCAAGCAGAAGAUGACAUGCCUGGGGGAGGACUGUCUGCUGGACUUGCAUCAGCUAAUUCAAAUGUUAGAAUUAUAGUGCGUGAUCUGUCUGGCAAAUACUCGUGGGAUUCGGCCAUUUUGUAUGGACCAUCAUCUUUAUGUGGAUCUUCACAACAAACAUCUUUUGCACUUUCAUUAUCUCAGCAAGAUAAACCAGAAGAGGCUCUUUCAUCUUUUGAGCAUGUAGAGGAUGUAUCUGCGAGAGAUGGAAUUACACUCCAAGUUAAAAGGAAAUUUAGAGACACUGUACCAACCUGGGAUACAAUUAGAGAUGAAGAAGAUGCUCUUGAUGAACUGCUGCAGUAUUUAGGUGUUACAAGCCCUGAAUGCUUACAGAGAACUGGUGUUUCACUCAACAUCCCUGCUCCUCAACCAGUCUGCAUCUCAGAAAAGCAGGAGAAUGAUGUCAUCAAUGCAAUUCUGAAACAGCACACAGAAGAGAGAGAGUUUGUUGAAAAGCAUUUCAACGAUGUAAAUAUGAGGGCUAUGGAGCAGGACGAGCCAACCUCACAAAAGCCACAGUCAGCAUUUUACUACUGUAGAUUACUUCUCAGUAUACUAGGAAUGAAUUCAUGGGAUAAAAGAAGGAGCUUUCAUCUCCUGAAGAAAAAUGAGAAGUUACUUCGAGAACUCAGAAAUUUGGACUCAAGACAAUGCCGAGAGACACACAAGAUUGCCGUGUUUUAUGUUGCUGAGGGACAGGAAGAUAAACACUCCAUUCUUACGAAUACUGGGGGAAGUCAAGCCUAUGAGGAUUUUGUAGCUGGUCUUGGCUGGGAGGUAAAUCUCACAAACCAUUGUGGUUUUAUGGGAGGACUACAAAAAAACAAAAGCACUGGAUUGACCACUCCAUAUUUUGCUACCUCAACAGUGGAAGUCAUGUUCCAUGUGUCAACAAGAAUGCCUUCUGAUUCAGAUGACUCUUUAACAAAAAAGCUAAGACAUUUAGGAAAUGAUGAAGUACACAUUGUCUGGUCAGAACAUACUCGAGAUUAUAGAAGAGGAAUAAUUCCAACAGAAUUUGGUGAUGUUCUUAUAGUUAUCUAUCCCAUGAAAAACCAUAUGUUCAGUAUCCAGAUCAUGAAAAAGCCUGAGGUUCCAUUUUUUGGUCCACUCUUUGAUGGUGCUAUUGUGAAUGGAAAAAUUCUGCCUAUUAUGGUUCGUGCAACAGCUAUAAAUGCAAGCCGUGCAUUGAAAUCAUUAAUCCCAUUAUACCAAAACUUCUACGAGGAGAGAGCGCGAUACCUGCAAACAAUUGUUCAACAUCAUCUAGAGCCUACAACAUUUGAAGAUUUUGCUGCUCAGGUUUUUUGCCCAGCACCUUAUCACCAUUUGCCCUCAGAGACGGAUCAUUAAAUAUCAGUUCUGUUUAUCUGAAGCAUGAACAAGUAGUACUGGAUGGCAGUGGUGUGUUUUGUACCCUGUACUGUCUUUCAUUGAUGUUGUAAGACAUUCUGCAGUGAUAACCUAGGAGAGAUGGAGAAGAAGAAUGUGUAACACUUGAAAUCCCCUGUUCAGAAAAAAGUUAUUUAAUGAUAAUCAAAGUGUUUCCAUGGAAAAACUGUAAAUCUAAAUGAAAUAAAUUUUGUAAGAAUAGUUUGGCAAGUUGUUAUCUGAAAAUUUGUUUCUCACUUCCAAAAUAUAUACAGAAAUCAAUUCUGAAUUAUACAGGAAUUAUGAUAGGACUACAGAAAGAAUGACUGAGAGACAUUAAAAUGUUGAGGCUCCUUUAAAAUACAAACAAUAACUAGAAAUGAGGUGCAGUUUCAAAGUAUAAAAAGUGGUAUAAUUAUGCUAAUGGAAAUAGUUGAGACCGAAGGCAAACAAAAUUAAAAGUAAGUAAUUAAUUAAAGCAGUAUCAAAAUUAGUAACAUAAUUUAAAGUAUGAAAACAUUUGAUUAGGAAAAAUCUGUAACUAGAAAUAUUUAAAACAAACAAACAUUAAAAACAAUAACCAGGGAUACCAGUCCUUACCGCAUUUCCUGUCAAGGGACCUAGUGAAUAUUCAGCACCAGGCACUUUUGUAUGGCUAGUAUAUAUUCUAUAUUCUAGUGCACUUGUUGAAGUUCUGCCCAUUCCUUUUAAGAAGUCUCAUUCCAAGUUGUUCUGCCCUUUUCCUCUAAUUCAUUUUUUCAGGGUGAAGCCAGACUGCUUUUCUGUGCUAGUUUGGUGCAUCAGAGUACACUUCUCUACAGUGGCAAUUCCUGUAUUCUUUUAAAAUUGGUAUUCUCUAGCAUGAUCUGAAAGGAGAUUAUGAUUUUUUAGAAACUUGGUUUUAACUUAACCUUUCUAUCAAAGUUAAUAAUUUUCUGUAGGAAUCUCAUUAAUAGGAGCUUGUUAUGUGUUUCACAUCUGCACACAUGCAUGUGUGCAUCUGCAUACCAUGAAACACGAUGGAGCCACAUUCUUCUGGACCUUGCACUGUCAGUGACCAAGACAUCAGUGUCAGGAGCAGCCAGAGCUUCCUAGGACAGACAUGCAGCACAGUGUGACCCAGUGUCAGAGUCAAUCAGCCUGGCUCCACAUCUGCCUGACUGAGCUUGCAUUUCAGCCAAGGGAAGCUGGGCAUGCUCUGGCAGUCCUGUUUGCAGCCUGAUCCCUGUUCCAUCCCUGCUCCUGGGACUCUGAUACUCAGCUCCAGCACAGAGUGCCUGGAGCAGCACCGAACCAUCUGCCUCCAAGCUGACUCUAGAGGGCACAAAUCCUAAAGCCUGAGGCAGGUAUAAAAUAACACUGCAGUCACCUGCCAGAAAGGUCACCCCAGGGCUUGGGGUCAGCCUGGAAACCACUGGUUUCCAGUUCUAGCAGAGGCAGACCUGUGAGCUAUCUUGCUGCAGAUGACCCAAAUCACCAGCAGUGCUAUUGAAAAAGUAGAUACCCCUAAAUUUCCAGGGGCCCUGCAACAGGUGAAUUUCUUAAAAGAGGUACAGAGCACUGAACUGUGCCAGGAUUACACACAGGAGUGGUGCUGGAGUCCUGCCUGGGAAUCCACAUGCAUUCAUCACCCUCAAGGUGACUCAGACAAAACCUUGCACGCUCCCAGCCACGUGUCCAUGUCAUCUGGAAAUUUCUAACUAACUUCUAAAAAUACGUCACAUUUUUUAAGUACAAAAUGUUUCAUUUAUGUGUGGGGCUUCUUUUAAUAAAAAAUCAUUGACCAGAAGAGACUAAGAAAAAAAAGCCACAUUUUAGCUAUUACAGAUAUAAUUCUUUUAUUGGAACAUGAUGUCAAUGAUUACAAUUUCUGAAUAUGUUUACUUUUAUAAAAUACUCUUUUUUUUUGAAAAUACAUUUUUUCAUCUAAGACAAAUAUUAGAAACUAUCAGUCUGCUACAGCCCAUCACCAGGUGUUACUAUUUUUUUGUUGUUGUGAUGCCAUUUUUGGCCAUUUUUUUUUCAUUUGAGCUAUGAGAAUCAGAGCAAAUAGAGAACAUGCCAUUCAGUAACAAAUUGUGUUUUCUCAGAUGGACGUAUUUUAUCAAAGGCUCAGACAUCAGCAAAAACUGUUUCCUUUUUUAUGUGACUGCUCUUCAGUACAAUAUAAUUGUGGCUGCUGCUGUUUCAUCUAGAAGCUUAGUUUGCCCUGUCAAAAUAUCUGACAAGUCCACCUUCCCAUGUGUAGGAACCUGACUAGUGUAGGGAAUGUGUACAUUUAAAGAAAUUGAGAUUUACCUGUCCUUAAUCACAGAAUGCAAUUCAGUUGCCUCUUUGUUUUUUACCUUGUGCUGUUUCUGUUACAUUGAGUAACUGGAAAUACUCUGCUAAAUAGGGUAACACGUCCUAUGCAGAUAUUGAGUGAACCAGAUCUCUGUGACAACAGAAUAGGUUGAGGGAACUGUCAAUGAUAAGCUCAAUUAUAUUGAAGGGCAUAUUGACCUCACGAUGCUAAGAUUCUGAUCUUUUAAAUGUACUCGUGUCUUAGGUUCCUUUUUUCUGUCUUUUUGUGUGUUCUCUUUCUUCCUGCUAAGACAAGUGCCCUAUUACAGUAAAUUUCUGAAGAAGCCCCUCUACAUUCAUCAUAGUAUAUUCCUUUUGACAAAAGCAUCAGGCUUUUUGGUCCCAACAAUCAUUCCUGCAUUUUCAAGCCUGCAUUCAGAACAUUCUGCUGCCCCACUCCCAGAGUUAGACUAAGUGGGGUUGCCACUGUACAGUCAGGGAAGCAGGGGAAUGUAGAGGUAAUGGUGCUUUCAGCCUUGCACAAUUAAAAAUCUAGUUCAACAGCUUGUAUUUUCUUCUGCUGCUUCCUUGGUGUGAAGCAUUGAAACUAAUAAUCUUUUUGGCCCUGUACCACCCCUUCACAGAUGAGAAUGAUGAUGGUGCUUUUGUCACUGUAGAAGGAUCUGAGUCGCACUUGGUAGUGGUGCUUUGUGGUUGGAAGUGAAGCUGAAAUACAGAAGUGAGGGCUCUGUGUCUGGAAGAGCUGGAAGAAUUUUUCAUUAUCCUUUCUCCAGUACAAACUUAGGACUCUUUUCAUUAUUCCAAAUCAGAGCAUAACCUCAAAACUUAGUGACUUUUUCCAAAGAAUUCAUAUUGGAAUUGCUGAAGCUGAAACUUUAUGCAUUUCUGAACUAUUGUCCUAAAGUCAACCACUUGGGUGAAGGUACACUCAGCACUUUGAGACAGUAAAUUCAGUGUGGACUGUUAGAAACCCAAACAAAUCAGCUUUCUAUAUUCAAUGAAAUCGUUCUCUUGAAAAAAAUAGUAUGAUUGUUCAGUUAAAAAGCAUCCCAUGGAUACACACAAGGGGACAAAAAAAUUUAAUCCUGACAUUUCCUAGAUUUUUAAUUUUUUUACUUUAUUUUCUUGUGACGUUUACCUUGUGUAAAUACUUCCAUUUUUGUUUUAAAGUAUAGGGCAAAACAGGAUUUCUGUAACACUGAUUAACAGCCCCAGGAUACAUAAGCAAACUGCAACCUCUAGAAUGACCACCUCCUGCAGACUGAGAUAGGACAAUAGUUUGUAUCAAUGGUAAGCUCUCCUAGCUCUGCCUCAGUCUCCACUAUUGGAAAGACUGGGAAUUCAGCUAGUGGGUUUCAAUGUUAUUUGGCAAAGAGAAAUAGGCUUACCUUACACACAUGGUUCCAGCUAGGUUCUGAAGAGCAUUCUUCACUGGACAUGAUCUUGGCUGCUGAUUUGCCAUAAACUUAAUCUUCUUUUGCUGUCUUCUUUCUCAUGCCUUUUAGUUCUCUCUCUUCUACCCAGUUCUGGUCUCCCAGGUGUUUGGACAAUCUCUUCCUCACCUUUUUGCCUUGCUUUGCAGCUGCUUUUGCAGUCUUUCUCUAUCUGCUUCUCACUUCCUUUCCUCAUUUCACAAAAUCAGUGAAAGACUUGACUUGAUUCUAGCAAGGCUGCUGAGCAUGAUGGACACCUUGGCCAGAUUUGAACUGAAAUAUAUAAGAGUGGCAAAGGGCACAAGCUGUACAAAAAUGAUUGCCUUCUUCCUGAAGGUCAGGUGGGAAAUGCUGAAGUAUCUCAGAAGACCAUCAAAAUGUACCAACGUGCACAUAUUAUUUUCCCCUAUGGUCAUUCACAGGCAUAGCACUUGGGGCAGUGCUGAUCCAGACAAUGAGGUGUGAUAAAGCCAGAAGAACUGAGAGCAGUCUUACCAUGCAGCACCCUUUCAGGCUUCUCCUUGGUGAAUUUUUCACCUUUGAAAGUCAGAACUGAUGUGCAAGAUUAGUCAUGGCAGUGCAUAUGUUCUGAUCCCUCCAGAUUCCUUCAUCUCACCUCACUUCUAAUUUAGUCUGUGUGAAGUUAGGAUUCCAUUUUAGAUUUAAAUAGUUGAUUUCUGAAUCAAAUAACCAAAGUACUAUCCUUAGAAGAUACUAAACUUUUCAAGUGGACUUUGAAAAUGUCGCAUUUCAACUUUGUUGACGCUCCUCCUUGUUCAGAAGCAAUUGAAAUGGCUUUGCAUUAUGGCCCCAAAAUAUCAUAGCUGAUCAGGCUAUGGUAUUUGUCACUUGUCAAAUCUAAGAGGAGAAAAAUAUGGAUCACUUCCUGAUGUUUUCUGCCUCUUAAAAAUCCAAAGACAUUUACUUUGUUUAUUUUAUAGCACUUUCUGACUUCACAUCAUUUGUCUGUAAAGCCUUCAUAUAUAACCCUAUUUUUAGAUUUUGGAUAACUCAAUAUUUUGUUAUUGUGGUUUAAGAAUGAUAUUUUCCAAUUCAGUGUUCCCACUGAGACCACUCUAAACCAUAUGCUGGUUGAUCACUCCCCCUUCCCUUGGCGGGCUGGAGAGGAGAACUGGAAACCUUAAAGGCACAGGUUGAGAUAACAGCAAUUUACUGGAAACAGCAAUAAGAUAAGAAAAUUAACAGCAGCAACAACAUCAAUACUAAUGACAGAAGGUACAAGAAAGAGGCAAACAAUUCACGUGGACACAGACACACCCCAUCCCUAACAAUAUCCAACUGCUCCUUCUGCCAUGCUACAUGGAUCUGGAAGCGAGCCCUUCCCCCAUCCCUGGCAAACGACACAAAGUUGCUUAGAGUAACCUAUGUGUCCUGGCCAUGGUGCCUUCUGGCUGCUCCAAAAAUCAACCCUGUCCUGGCCAGAGCCAGGACAUUUUCCACCCCUUAUUCUAUAAAAUCUCCAUGAUGCCUAGAUCCUGCACCUUCCCACAAUACACAUAUCUUCAUAUCUACAUAAACAUGAGUAUCAUUUCCAUAGGCAGUGACCAUCCCUCCAAGGUGUCUGUUGACUUCCUUUAGUUGAUGACUGUGGGUUCAGUCCAUCCUAGAUAUCUUCCAGGGCAGGAGGGUUGGUGUGCUGUCAGGUGGUUGCAAGCUGCAGCAGGAGCUCACAAUUGCAGCAGUUCACACUCAUUGUCCACGGUAGUUCUGGCAUACAGUGGCAGUGCCAUUCAGCAACCACUUCUAUACAAUUCAACAUUACAGACUGUUCUAACCCAAAAAUCAAAUUCCCUGGAGGUACACAUUUUGUUUCCCUGUCCCAGGGGAAAAAAGGUGUACCUUGAGCAAAAACAAUCCCAUGGAUGGGUUUGCCUUCUCUUGAGGCAGGAUUAAUCCAUACUGUCUUCCCUAACAGAUUUCUCAUGUGCUCCACAGAGACUUUAUAUCCUUUUGCAGUACAUUGAGGUUUUGAUCGGACAGGGCAAGCAAGGUAGAUCCUCUAGUGUUGACUAACCAGGAGGCCUAUGCUAAAUGCAGAUCCCAGUGUUAAAGGUCUCACCACCCAUUGCUUUCAAUGUGGUUUUAGCAGUCCACUGUACCAUUCCUAAUUUCCAGAGACUGGUGCAGGAUAGGGAAUAUGUUGCACCCACUCAGUAUCAUGUUGGCCCAGGUGUCCAUGAGGAUAUUUUUGAAAUGAGUUCCAUUGUCCAACUCUGUUCUUUUGGGGGUGCUAUGUCACCACAUGAGCUGCAUUUCCAGGAUGGUGUUCUGGGCAGUGGUGUGAGGUGUCUCCAGCCAUCCAGUGUUUGUCUCCACCAUUGCCAGCACAUAGCGCUUGCCUAGGCAGAUUUGUGGGAGUGCAGUGUAAUCAAACUGCCUCACAUUUUUAUUUCAACCCUCAUCGCCCACACCAGAGAGGCUUUACCCAUUUAGCCUGACCAACUGCAGUGCAUGUUUCACAGUUAUGGAUAAUCUGGGAUAUAGUGUCCACUCCUCAGUCUCAAGCCCAUGUGGAUGUUGCAUCUCUUCCCUAAAGACCUGAGGUAUUAGGGACGCACCAAGUCAGAAAUAAUUCACCCUUAUGUUCCAGUCCAGAUCCACCUGAGACACUUAAAUCUUGGCAGCCCAAUCCACCUGUCCAUUCUUGCAGUGUUCUUCAGCCCAACUGCAACCCCCCCACAUAAUCAACUACCAGAAAAUGAAGAAAGAUAUGCUCUCCUCACUGAUGGCUCCUAGCAUUUUGUAGGGAUACAUCAAAAAUGGAAGGGUGAUGUGUGGAGUCCUACAUGGCAAGUCACAGAAGCUAUUGAGGGACAAGGUGGAUCAAGUCAGGGUGCAGAGCUGAAAGCCGUCCAGCUGGCCUCUGGUGAAUGAGAGGAAUGGCCUCUACACUGACUCAUGGAUGGUGGCAAAUGCUCUGUGGGUGUGGCUACAACAGUGUAAAAAGGGUGAUUGGCAGUGCAGAAGGAAACCAUCUGGGCCACUGAACUGUAGCAAGACAUCACUGCCUGGGUAGAGAAGUUGGCUGUAAAAGUACAUCAUGUAGAUGCACACACAUCUUCUGCACUGCUCCUCUCUGGAUCUGCCACAGCAUUCUCCUUCCAAAUAUUCUGUCACUUUAUCAGGCUUGUGUAGGUGAACUGCUAAACCAUUAGAGCAGAGAAUUUCCCCGAAAACUGGCCCAUUCUCUCCCACACUCUAUGCUACUCAUGACCUCCCACCCUCAGGGCAGAUGUCUGAAUGACCUCCCUAGAAAUCUCUGUCCUGACUCUAAAUGUGGUGUAGACUGCACUGAGGAGACAUAGCAGACCUAGCAACAAGAAUAUGCUUUCCUUAACAUUCAGCAGGAAUUUAAAAGUCUCAAAAGCUGUUUUAACAGGUCUGAAGGAGGAAAAGGGGUUGAAAGGCUGGGGAAAGUCAUCUUCCCCACCUCCCCCCACAGACUGGGUGAUUAUUAAUGGACUCCCAGAGCUAGUGCCUGAGUAAGGAUAGAAAGGAAACACAUCCCAAAUGACCUUCAUUGUCCUUUAUUUUACCAUGUCAUAAACUAUACUCCAUAGUACAGCAAGAAAGCAAUCCUAAUCCCUCUCCCUGCUCUGAAAAAGAGCACCAUUAUGAGCACCUAGCGGAUAUACAAAAACAUGUACAGGGUUAGGUACCACACCCACACAAGCAGACCAAGCAACAUUGCGACCAGUAGGUCUGGACCUAAUGCAACAAAUCAAAUCAGAUUAGAUCAAAUUUGUUUUCAACUCACUCUGGGCAGAAUUGUUGUUGUCUCAACCCUUUGUGCCUCACAUUGGGCACCAAAGAAGGCUGUUGUGUUUUAGGAAUGGUAUUUUCCAAUUCCAUGUUCCCACUGUAACCAUGUGCUGCUCCAUCACUCCCCUUCUCCUCGGCAGGCUGGAGAGGAGAAUUGGAGGCAUAAAAGGUAAAGUUCAAGAGAUAAGAACAAUUUUUACUGGAAACAGCAAUGAGAUAAGAAAACAUACAGUAACAACAGUGGUAAUGACAGAGGGUACAAGAAAGAGGUGAACAGUUUGAUGUAGAAGGCAAACACCCCCACAAUAAUACCCAACCACUCCCUCCAGCACACUACACUGCCCCAGAAGUGAGCCUUUUCCCAGAAAAUGACACAAGAUGGUAUAGAAUAACUUCCAGGUCCUAGCCAUACCCCCUCCUGGCUACUGCAAAAAUUACCCCAUCCUGACCAGGACAAUUAUGGAGAGAGAUAAAGAUAAUAGCAUUUUAUACUGAAAAUUUUAAAACUCUGAAGGGGAAGCAAAACCUGCAAAAUUUUUAUAUACCAUAUUUAAUAUCCACACAUGUGUAUGAGCGUAUGUAUGUAUAAAUAUGCUUAUCUAAAAUCCAAAGAAAUUUAGUUACUAAUUAGUCUGUUAAUUUCUGUCAGACUUAAAAUCUAUUUUAAGUGCUGUUGUUCUUCACUCUUCUGGUGUGGUAUGUUCAGAUGUGAAAAUCACUUUACUUGACUUCUGUUCUUCAAUAGCUCUAAGUUUCUUUUAAAAAAAUGUCGCUAUAUGUGAAUUUGUGCUUUUGUCCACAGGAAUUAGAUACAAAAUUUUAAGCUACGAUUGGAAUAAUACUUUAAUUGAAAUAAUGGGGCAGACUGAGGUUUUCUUUAUCCAACAACCCAUGAUAAAAUUUCACGCUAGGGUUUAACCCUUCAAUGCAGACUAACUAGCUUAAAACUAGCUGCUUUUGCUUCAUGAUUUCAGGAGUCUCAUGUUAAGAUUGGCUAUAAUUUUAACAUAUUCAGAACUGUGAAACAGCUGGAGAACAGAAGCCAUAUAUGGAGUUGCCAUUUGUUUUUCCUUAUCAGUUGUGUGUAUGUGUGUGAGUAUUUACCCGUUUUCACCGAUGUUAAGCAAGCAUUUCAGACAGUGUUUAGGAUGUAUCUCAGUUGCUAUUAAUAAGGUUGUUGGAUCUGGAUAAUGUUAUAGAUUUUUUUUCUUUCUCUCUCCCUUCCUUUUUUUUCUUGUAAUGCUUAGUUGGUAAGUAUGAUGCCGUAUUUCAGAGCUGUUGCUUCAUUGCACAUAACUAACUCAUCACUCUCUUUAACCUGUAGCAUGAGCAGCAAUUGCAUAAUGAAAUUCGAAAUUCCGUUUUCUGUGCUCAUCUGUUAAUACCCUUCAAUCUCUGCGGUUCGUGUCUCAUGUCUCACACCUGUUAUCUUUUAUCUUUUCUCCUCCCCCUUCCUCACUUCUUUCCACUCCUCCUUCCUCAUCACUUCUUCAUUCUCAACAAAGAAAGAAAUGCUGUGAUAUUUCUUCUCCUUCCAAAACCUCCACUAGAAAGCAUUGGCCACAUCAAGGUAAAGGGCAAAGGCUUGAAACGGAAGGUCUUUCACGCUAGCUGUGAAUGGUAUGCUGUGCAAAACAACAACGGUUAUUUUCUAUUCUCUAAUUUCCACCAUUUGAAAUGCUUUAAUUUCUUGUAAAAUCAGAACAAGAUAGAAUUUCAGAAAAUGCGAAUGCAUGUUUCCCUGCUUGCCUUUUUCUAUAAGGCACAGUGAGUCAGGCAUUAUCAUGCUUUUCCAGAUUGUUUGGCAGUGAAGUACCUAGUUCAUGAGCAAAAUUACUGUCACCAGCUGGGGAACAAAUAACAGCCCUUUCUCUCCCCUGUCACUCUGAUGGGUCAUGUCAGUUUGAAGAUAGAAAGUACCAUGCUCUUGCUCUGGAGCAGGCAGGUGAGGUACCAGGCAAGAACAGCCAGGUUGCUAAAUACCACAGGUUUAUAACAAUCUUUUAAAUUUGCUCCUAGAUUUCUCACCUUAUGACCUCACUUGAUUUUAGCGGAAUCUUUCAAGAUAAAUCAUGAGCAGCUUUGAAUGAUUUUUGCACCCUUUAUUUGUGAAAUGUAUACUGAGGCAGAGAGAUCUUCAGUUCUGAUUAUUGCAUUAUUAUUUUAAAGAAUUACCAGUAAUAGCAUGAUGUGGAAGAAAUAGCAAGUGAUUUCUGACUUACUGCAGUCCGCAGGGGUUUCCCCAUUGACACCUGCAGGACCAGGUUUCUGUCUCUAUAUUAUAUGGGUUAGAAGCCUUCAGAGACAACUGUGGUAGUUGAGCUCAAUCACACUGUCAGUGGCUGUAAAUGGCUAAUGCAAACACAGUUUAGUUUUAUGGAUGGGAGUUAAUAGUAUUAAUUUUCUACAGCAUGGGAAGGAGAAUGUAAUUUUGAUUUCAUAUUUCUCCUUUUCUUUUUGUAUGUCUAUGGAAGAAGAUUUGGAGACAGGCUAUUUGUCAGAAAGAGCUCUGUCCCCUUGCAGUGAGGACUCUAGGGCCACUGGAGCAUAGCUCUGGGCACUGGGCUAAUCAAUUACAUAUCAUUGUCUCAAAUUCAUCUUGUUCCUUUUACAAAGAAACAUUAACAUAUAGUGCAUCCAGUUAGUACAAUCUGUUCAAGCUUCUGCCUUGUGGGCCCUGUAGGAAUUUGCCUUUUGAAGCACAAACUAAAGUUGGUAUGGGAGAAGAUGUUUUGCUCUCUCAGUUGGCCCCCAAUUCACUCCACCUCUUCAGCAGCAUUCCUAGAGCUCCCUUCAUGUGCAAUAAGCUGUUAACCUUCAUGUUCUCAUUAAAGACUGGAUUCUUCUGGGUUGUGGUUUGACUAAUGAUUCCCCAUCCCUGCAAGGGAACUGGAGCUGUUUGUUUUCCUGGUUAGCAGGAGAACAUUGCCCACUUCAGUGCUGCCUCAAUUGCUCGGAGCAAGGGGGUUCUGCAGUCCCAUAGCUCAGUGGUUUCUGGAAUCAUCUUUUCUUAGGGGUGGAUUUGUGGCAGUUGUUAAUUCCAUGAGCAAUACAAUCACCCACAGCUGAUAAAGGGCUAGGAGAUGCUGUGGCAGUGACAGCAGCACUGAAAUUCCUGCCUGCCCCUUGCUAAGAGAUCCCGUGCUGCGAGUGUGGAAGGCGGCACUGACGCGUGUGGUUCUCGCUGUCCUCUGCAGGCUUCUGCCCAGAGACUCAGCCGGGAGAAACUCCAGCA